AUGCACCACAGGACGCACACGCUUCUCAGCUGCGUUGCAUGGAUCGGCCUCGUCGCGAGCGUUAACGCCCUCGCCGUAAAGUCAAACGCUCCCUCGGAGACGUUGGCUCUGCUGGCCCACACGAUCGGCACCCUGAGCGGCCCGCUGGAGAAGAGCUUGCAAGCCGACGGCAGCUCGACGGAAAAGACUCGACGUCAGGCAGACGGUCAAAUAAACGAGCAGGAUCAAUCGAACAACAACAACGUCAAUCAAGCCAACGGGCCGAUCUCGAGAUCGCCUCAAAAUAUCGCCGGUGGCCCGCUACCCUUCCCUCAAUUCCACGGCGGAGGCGGUGGCGGCGGUAAUUUCCCGUUCCACCAGGGGGCCGGCUUUCAAUUCCGCAAUCCUUACUUCGAUCAGCGCCAGUUCGGCCCGCAGAACAACGGCUUCGGCCCGGGGGGACUCCAGAACGGAUUUCCGUUCGACCCUCGUUUCUUCCAGCGACCCGGUGGUGGUGGUCCGAAUCAGGGACAGUUCAACGGCUUCGGUGCCGGUGGUAACGGCGGGGGUGCUGCUUCCAAUGGAGCCGCUGGGCCCAAUGUCCAGGGCCAGAAGUCGUCGAAGCUGACCAACGGCAACGCGAACAACAGCAACGUUAAGAACAACAACAACGGCGAGGGUAACAAAAGCGUCAAUACCCUGGAGAGCAUCGAGAACGGCGGCUCGGGCGACUCGAAAUCCAGCGCCCAGAAUUCGCGUCCCUUCCAAGCUGGGGGACCCUCGUUCCCCGACAACAACAACUUCAACAACGGCAACGGCGGCGGCGGCAACUUCGGCAACAACGGCAAUUCUCAAUUCCCACUGGACUUCCGGCAGAACUUCUUCAAUCAGGGCAACCCGGGGGUCAAUUUCGAUCAGCGAUUCUACAACUCGUUCAACGACAUACCCUUCAGCAGCGGCCCGCCCUAUAGAUCGCAGGGCCAGUUGGGUAACGGCAACGACGAUGGGCGAUUUAUCAAUAAUAAUUUCAACAACAACGGUAGACCCGGAGUCAACGGAGCUAGUGGUGCUGCUGGUGCUGGCGAUGUCAAUGGCUUGAGACCCGACGGUCUCGGAGGUGGUCUGGGCGGCGGCGGCAUCAACAAUCCGUACUUCAACGGCUUCGGUCCGGGUGCCGGCGGUGCGUUCGGAACCGGUGCCGGGGCCUAUCCGCAAAACUUUAACGGCUUCAAUGGACAGGGCUUCGACGGGCCCGGAGGUCCCUUCGGCGGCGGUGUAGGCUUCAAUAACAAUCGAUUCGGCUUCUCCGGCCAGCCGAAUUACCAGGGCGGCGGCUUCAACAACGACUUCUAUCCGGGCAUAAUUCGCGGUGGUAGUAGCGGCGGCGGCGGCGGCGGUGGUGGAAAUUUCAACGGUGGCGGUAGCUCCAAUUUCGACGACGGCGACUCGACCCUGAGAUCGGCCAGCACCAAGGACGAGCAGAUCGAUCAGGAGCUGCCGCAGCAGGUGGACGAGAGCACGGAAAAUUCCGAGCUCAAGAGGAUGACCGAGGCGGGGUCGGUGGUCACGACGGUCAACGUCGCUGCUGGCGAGGAGGAAGAGACGACGACGGCGGAGGAGAAGUAG